CACCGAGCUGGGCUGCCUGAUGACCAACAUCGACAGCGAGGUGACCCGGCUGAUCCAGCUGCGAUGCGCGGCGGCCGUGCAGCGUGCAGACACACAGAGGGCUGAGCAGGAGAGGGAGGACGCUUGCAUGGCCUGCCUGUCGGAGUCACGCGCAGUGGUCUUGCCAUAUGGUGAGGGAGGGAGGCAGGGAGGGAGGAAGACCUGUGUGCGUGUGUUAUGUGUAUUCUGUAUAUAUGUGUCAUUAGGGUGCAAGUGCUACUGCGCGUCGUGUCAUGCGCGCAUCCUGGCGGGUCGUGGCGCAACUGGCGAUGAUGAAGAGGACGAGCCAGAGCCCACAUCAAAGUGCCCAUUCUGCUCAAAGCCGUUCUGAGCACAAAGGGCCUGAGUCGAUACACACAUAGACGGACUGGCGGGCAUGGUAGUGAGGAGAUCGGUUGUCAUAUUGCUGGUGGUCAAUCGGUCGGUUAGAGGUAUGUAUAUUCACUUCUGGGCGUGAUGGAUUCGCGUCUCGUAUGGAUGGAUGGAUGGAACGAACUCUUGUCUGUACAGUCAAUGCCGCGUGCCAUCGCAG